AGACCAACCCGGAUUGGUAAACAACAAAGAUGGCGGUGACAGGACAGCAGUGAGUAGCUGUCAUGUGUGUAGCAAACCUGUUUGGCUGUUGCUGUGCGUGAACCAACCUCCAAUAAGACAGUGUGCGGUCCUGACCUGCUGCAGGCUCUACAAGCAGCGACUGACACACUGUACCGCCUGCUGGGGAGCCGUGGCCCGCUGCCAUACUGCUGCUGGGGACGGAGAGUGCUGUGGUGUGACUGAUCCACGCUGAGGAGCGUAUGGCGUAGAUUGUGGAAAAACCGGAACACAAUUCUGAAGGGAAGGAAGACCUAUCAAGUGAUAAAAAGCAGAAGAGGUCACAAAAAGAAGAAGGGUGUGAGGGAGGGAAGGAGAGGUGCUCUGGCCUGCCUGCUGCUGUGAAGGAGGCGGGGAAGUGAGGGAAGAAAAUAGAUAAAUAUUGAGGAAGUCAAGAAGGAAGGGAGGAAGUAGAUAAGUAACUGAAGGAAGUGGAUAAGGAGGCAAGAAGAAAGGAAGUAGACAAGUGAGUAAGUGAGUGUGAGAGGCGAGGAGGAAGGAACGAAGGAGCCAUGCCGCCCAAGAGGAACAUCUCGGCGGAGGACAUUGAUGACGCUGACAAUGAGGAGGUGGAGCGGCUCAUCAGCAGCACUGAGGACGGAGCUGAAGAUGAGGACUUCUUCCUCAAGGGUCCGACAGGCAAGAAGACAGUGCGGUUUGCCUCAGACAAGUUGAAGGAUGUGAGGGUGCAGAUAGCUGAGGUGACGGAUGUGAUGAGAGACAAUGUGGGGCGGCUGCUUGAGCGAGGGGACCAGCUAGACCACCUGCAGGAUCGCUCCGAAGGCCUGGCCACCACCUCCGACCAGUUCCGCUCAUCUGCCACCCGUCUCCGCCGCCGUGCCUGGUGGGAGAAUACGCGCAGUCGUCUGUGUGUGGCGGGUGUGGCUGUCCUGCUCUUUCUCUUGAUAUUCAUUCCUGUCAUAAUCAAAACGACCUCGUAGAGGAGCUGCUGCAUCUAUGCCAUCACUACUACUACUACUACUACUACUACUACUACUACUACUACUACUACUACUACUACUACUACUACUACUACUACACUACUACUACUACCACUACACUACUAUUACUACUUCUACAAGUGCUGCUGCUGCUGCUAUUACCACCACUGCUAUUAAAUCAAAAGCAUGGACAAGCCUACAAAAGCUGGCUGGUCUUGUGUCUCCCUUUUUAAAUGCAUUGGUAUGUCUGUUCUUUAAUGUUUGUGGAGAGUUACAUCACUGCUCACUUCACUCCAUCUCUUUCUUGUGUGUUUGUGUGGCAGAAUCACACUAUCGUUUCACCAGCCACCUCAGGGAAAGCAGUGACACAUUGUUUGAUGGACCUGAUGUACUAUAGCUUCUCUCAUCUGUCCUCCUUUCCACUUCAUAUCUUCUGUCUUGAGUUAGCUUCAUGUGUCCUAUCAGUCAUUCAGUCUAUCUAUCCAACAUCUGUUCAUCAUCAAGGGUGUGUCAAGUCAAAGGUAGCAGUCCAGCAGCUCAGCCAGAAAUCUUGAGAGCACAUCAUUGGUGCUUGGAAUCUGUAAGACUGAUCUUCAACUCCACCAGGUUUAUCAGGAGCAGUAAGACAGGUCAGUUCUGUGGAAUGUGGCUGUGUCAUGCUGCAGUCAGUAAUGUUGCCCUGAGUGGUGGUGAAGAUCAGACGUUUAGGGUUUAUUUGACGGAGUUGCCUUCAUCGACAUUCUCUAGUUACAGAUCAAGUUCUCUUGGGUAUAGUCUUGGUGCCUGGCGUGGGGAUAGAUAAGGAUAAAACAAUGUUAUUACUACUCACUUUCCAUGAAUAGGACCUGAAAUGGGAGGUUGGUGUGUUAUCUAUGGACGCAAACCUUUACUUUGAAUGACAGUACUGAUCAAGCUUAAAGUACUUGGUGCCUGGUAUGCUAUUAGUUCACAGGAGCUGAGAAGUCUGUGGGAGUUCAUGUAGUAGUCAGUCCCUCAUGUUGCCAGUUACUUUUAAGGUUAGUGAUUCAAAUUCCUACUUUGUUUUGAGGUUUUUUUGGGGCUUAUGAAUUGUUAGAUUAAAUUGCAACUUGGUGUGUGACUUAGCAGUUGUUUUAUUCAUUAGUCAUGUGUGGGAUUCAUAACAUGUAGGUAAUUAUUUGUUAUUCUGACGAGAUUCCGUCUUAUAUAUUUUAUUUUUUAUUUGCAUUGAUUUUUAUAGUAGUAAUUCACUGAUGUGUGUAUAAUAUUGACCUAAUGUAGGCUGAGAUGUCACACAGGAACUCUUUCUAUCUCAGUUGUAGUUGCUAAAAAUUGAUAGCACAUGCUUAAUUUCCUUAUUUGAGAGGCACUUCACAUUUUUCUUUUCAACUUGCAUCCCUUUUAUUUGGUGGAAAGCCAGCUAUGAAAAAAAAAAAAGUAUGAAAAAGCCUGAUUAACAAGAAAGGUACAGCAUGGAAAGCUUUAGUGGAAGAGAGCUAGGAUGUCAAUAAAUGAAACUCAGGUCAAGACUUCUUGGUCAAUGAGAGCUUUAUACUGUAAAUCUGAAUCAUUUGAGCUUAAAAAAAUCAGGCUACAAUUGUGUCAUGGUAAUGGAUUUAUUUGUACAUUAGAAUUGUGUGUCUUUGCUGGUGGGAAGUAUUGUACAGUAGUAUCUCAUUCAUAACUGUAGGUUUAAGAGACUGAGAAAGUUACCAUUCUAUUGCAAGGAAGGUAAUAACUAUGUGAAGUGUACAUUGGAGUUGUCAGUGGUAAAGAACUUGGUGGUGUUACUUUAAUUUUUAAGAAGGGAAGAUCAGAAGAAUGAGAGAAGUUAGUUAGAUUGAAGUACUUUUGAACUGCUUAUGUUAAAUGGAUCCAGAAUUUUGUAUUUUCUAGCAGUGUGUCAGAUUAAGUUUGUUUAGUUUUGGUGCUUCCAUGGUUUGUGUGUGUGUGUGUGUGUGUGUGUGUGUGUGUGUGUGUCGUGUGCAAGGCCAAGGCGGCAUGUGUCUCCUAUGGGUGGGGGCAAUUCCUGUGCCAUGAGCCAUGAGGAAUUCAGUCAUGUACACAAGAUUGCUUAUGGAAUUGUUUACUUACUUUAUUUUCACAAUAUUCUUAGCAUUUACAUAUUUAUAUAUUAUUUUUAUAUGCAGUGAUAAUUAUAUUCCAUGAACAAAAGUAAAUCUGAAGACGUUUUAUUGAUAGAAAAUAAUGUCGUCUUCAGAUUUGUUGUUGUUCUAGAGCAUCAGAUGUGCGUGUGUGUGCGUGCGUGCGCGUGCAUGUGCGUGCUACGAACAAAACUGUGUUACCACAACCAAAGUAUUGAAACAAAACAAAGUGGCAGCUGAGCCAAACUUACAAAAUAUUGUCGGAUUUUUCCAUACAUUUUAUGCAGAUUUCAAGUGCAAGUCAUUUAUGAUUCCUGUUCUUGUGUUGUUUUGUAAUAGCUCUGCAUGUUGUAGGUAUGAACACACUCAGAAUGACACGCUGUUUUUCCAGUAGUCCAUUGCACUCGUUCGCUUCACUGACCAUCAGUCCAUCACCCACAGUGCUGUUAUGCAGUUCAGGGUUUUAUUGUAGACCUUUGUAUGUAAUCUGCCAUAGACUCAGUCAUUGCCCAUAGAUUGAUUGGUUUGUUUUCAUUGUCUGAAAAACAUGAACCUUUUGUUUGAUACCUUGUAUGAUCUCUUGUGUAAUCUUGUAACCAAACUGUUAAAUUCUUCUGUCUCCAUGCAUUGGUUAAAUUAUUGAGAUGCAGUUUUCAAUUGCCAUUGAAGUCCAGGAGAACAUUCAAAGCACUUGACUUUAGUGACCAAUAUUUCUUUGAUAAUCAAAAGUAUGGCAAGUCAUUGAUAAUAGUGACCUCAGGUUAGAUUUUAUAAAGUUGUAAAAUGUGGAUAGAAGUGAAGCUCAUUAUGGUCAUUGUUUCAAAUUAUUUAUUGGCCAAGAUAUCAUCUUUCCUUCCACAACACAGACCUGUCUUGUGUUUGAAGGGUAUUGUCAUAAAGGUAACCUGUGUGGUGAAGUCCUGUUGCUGAUAAGACCUGACACGAAUGUUGCACUUCCCUGCACCGCACACUGCUGACACUUUACUUGCACAGUACUGUUUGAUGUGAACCAUCUUGAGGUAAUGAUCAUUUGUAGUGCUGCACAUCACAUUUCAUUGCUGUAGUCUUAUUUCUGCCUCACCUCAACACCUGACCGUCAGGACCUGUAGCCAAGCCUCCAUUCUCUGGCUGAGAGUCUGAUCCAUUCACUUGGUAAUCUUCAAUUUGUUGAUCAUUUUCUUAGCCAAGAGUUGAGGGGAGUGUGACAAUGAAGUGUCUGCGUCAGGCUAGCGAUAAGCAACUAUGGAUAGUGGUACUCGUACUUAUUUUGGUGUAGAACUAUUAUUUACUAUUUGUGUACUGUAUUCUACUUGUAGAAGCAGUGAUAGCGUUAAAUACUACAUACUUCUAGCUAAUAGGGUUUGUGUGUUUAUGUGGAUGACCUUCGCCUGUAUUUUUAUAUAUGCUGGUGCUUUAUGUUAACUACUUUUAACAGGCUGUAGAGAAUCCUAUUCUGGUUUCAGAGGCAUUUGUUUGUAUGGUUUUUGUGAUAGCAUAAGCAAUCAUCUCUGCAGCCUCUGGAAAAGUCGUAAGGAAAGCCCUUGCAUUUAAGAAUAUGUGCCUUUGUCACCACACAGACUUAUUCCUGUGUUCAAAACCUGCCUGUUUUUUUUCUAACUCGCCAAAGAAAUGUUGUCCAAAUUUGCUGGAAUCCCUGGGUCAAGAUUUUCUCUUUUUGUCUCUGUCUCAAAGUUAUAGCAAAGGGAGACUGGUGAGUGACGGGUUUAUAAACAUACUGUGGGUCUGAGAGAGAGAGAGAGAGAGAGAGAGAGAGAGAGAGAGAGAGAGAGAGAGAGAGAGAUACUAUUAUCAAGAGGAGGGAGGGGGUUGUGGUGAGUGACUGUGGUUUGUAAACAUACUGUGGGAGGAUAUACUGUGGGUCUGUGGGCUGUGGAGAGAGAGAGAGAGAGAGAGAGAGAGAGAGAGAGAGAGAGAGAGAGAGAGAGAGAGAGAGAGAGACUAUUAUCAAGAGGGGAGGGGGCUGCGGUGAGUGACUGUGGUUUAUAAACAUACUGUGGGUCUGGAGAGAGAGAGAGAGAGAGAGAGAGAGAGAGACUAUUAUUAAGGAACAGGUCUGUAAAUAUGCUGCAAGAUGAGUCAGAGAUGAAAUAGAGAGGGAGUAAUAAAGAGGAAGUCAGUAUAGUGUCAUUGCAUAAACAUCCAAAAUUUGUUGUUGUUAGUUAGUCUUGUUUGACUCAGAGAUCCCGGCAACUUGGGCACUGAAGAUGCUGUGGUGCCUGGCCUAGUCCUGUCCUCUCUUCUUUCUUAACUGCUGUCAAAAGAGUGAAUGAGUGAGUUUAUGAUGCAAAAAGGUUUUAUUCUAUAUUUAAAAAUUUUACUCACAUUUGUACUUAAAGAUUGUGUAUGUCUAAAAAGUAUAUAAUAAAAUAUAAUAUAUGAAAGCACAUUAAAUUCUGAUACUAUUGCAAUCUGGUUCUUCCUGAGAUGAAUGUGUGAGGUGUCCUUGGUGUGACCUGGUCCACCUCAUUCUUCCUCUCAUGUCUGUGAUUGUAUGGCUGUCUGUACUCGCUGAUAAUAAAGGGAAAAACAUUUA